GGGUGCGGGUUUGUGGUGACACAGUAACAAACAAACCCAAACAGAGCGCAGGAGCGCUGCAGAGACUAUGAAAUGUCCCAGAGCAGAGGACAGGACAUGGCCAGUCUAUCAGGGUCCCAGCCAAAAGCGUUCAGUGGUCCAGCAAGAGAUGAAAGCUUGUCCAAGAGUUCAACACGCAAGUGGCCCUGUACCGAGAGUUGGUCAUUUCUAUUGGGGACGUCUCAGUCAGCUGCCCCUCUCUGCGAGCGGAAAUGCACAAGACAAGGACCAAAGGCUGUGAAAUGGCCCGACAGGCGCACCAAAAGCUGGCUGCCAUCUCAGGCCCGGAAGAUGGUGAGAUCCAUCCCGAAAUCUGCCGGCUUUACAUCCAGCUGCAGUGUUGCCUGGAGAUGUACACAACGGAGAUGCUGAAGUCCAUCUGUCUGCUGGGGUCUCUUCAGUUCCAUCGAAAAGGAAAAGAAGCUAGUGGGGGAGCAAAGAGUCUGGACAGUAAAAUUGAAGAGAAUGCUGAAACGCCUGCCCUGGAGGACUCCUUGUCAUCCCCUCUAGAUAGCCAGCAGCAGUCCUGGCAGGUGGCCACAGAUAUUGAAAACACUGAAAGAGACAUGCGAGAAAUGAAAAACCUUCUUAGCAAACUCAGGGAAACGAUGCCUUUACCGCUGAAAAAUCAAGAUGACAGCAGCCUUCUGAAUCUAACUCCCUACCCCAUGGUCAGAAGACGGAAGAGAAGGUUCUUCGGGUUAUGUUGUCUUGUCUCCAGCUAGGUGGGUCUUCUGGAAACUCACCGCCAAGAUCACCUGAAAAACACCACAGAACCGGAAGACCUCCACACCGCAGAACACUGAGAAUGGUUUUGACCACGUUUUCUAGGCUUCCUUAUUACUUUUAUCUGCCUCUCCCCGCCCUUUUAAAUGAUUUCACACUUGAAAGCAGCUGCCAUCAAGGAGAGGAAAAAAAAAAAAAAAAAAGAACAGAUUCAAAGAGGCGCAGCCUGUUUUUAGAGGGAUUUUUAAAAAGUUGACAUUGUGCAUGUCUGCUCUGAACCAUGCCAUGACAGAUGCAAGAAUUAUGAUUUUUAAAUUAUAUAAAGGUUUUUUAAAUGUAUUAUACAGAAAAAAAUAUUUCGCAUAUAAUAGUAUAUCUGUAACUCUUGCUGAUAUGUUAACAAUUUAUCAGAUAUAAAAGACGUCUCUAAACAUAGAAAUCUAUUUAAAACAGCAGAACUGUUCAAGAAUCCAAUCUAUGAGUAUCAUUAGGAAUAUUAUAACCAAACACACACCACCUCAUGUGUAGCUUUCUCUUCACUCAUUUACAUUUAGUCUUCCAUUCUGUCAGAAUCUCUAAGUGUCAACGUAAAAAAAAUCUUAAUUUAUAAUACAACAGAAUCAUAUAUGAAAAAUACAUUUUGUAAAUACACAGUAAUCCUACUAUCUUCGAACAAUGCAUAUGGGCAACUAACUUUCUUUUAAUCCAAUGGUGUCUUUUUAAGCUUCUUGAAAAAAAGAAAUGAAGUUAUCCAGUUAAGAAAUGGUGUAGUAACCUAUACAAUUACCCUCAGAUGUAAAAUUGAAUAUUAUCACAUUUUGUUUGGAUUGAAACCUGAAGCAUGGGUCCGCACAUCAGCAUAGUGUUAAAUCUUAUAGGCAUGCUGGAAUUAGCUCAGAUCAUAAAACUAUUUAACAUUUUACAUUAUGAAUGAAAAAAAAAGAUGUUUUAGUUAAGCUUAGCUUGUCUCAUUUUAGAUGACUAUGCAGAUAUGACUUUUCCAACGUGCACUCUGUGUCUUGUCUUAUGCUUGGACUCUUGAGAGCAGGACACAUUAAGCAAUACUGUAUCUUAGAAAAGAGGGCGCCACACGCUGUGUUGUCCUGCUCAUGGCUCUGCUGCGCUCAAUUUCCCACAAACUUGUAAUAUGCUACAAAUCCUGUUUUAGUUCCUCCUGUCCUUCCUUUGGCCCUUUCCCGGGAUGGAAUUCCCCAGGAGUCUUUGCACUUUUGUUCCCUGCCCUGAAAGAUCUCCAAGUCAGACUGGAGGCACUGGUGUCCAAUCUUAAGAGGGACAGAUUAGUUGCCUGUAAGUGACUUUAAUCCCAGCCCUGGGGAGCGCUUAUUUGUACAUUAAUACUCUGGCCUAAAAACUAAAUAUUUUAAAGCCUUUCACCUUCUGGAAGAGGGAAAGAGCGUGGACAAUUAUUGUAUUAGGUUGAAUUCUGUGAAAUGGCUGGUAUUUGACUGUUUUUGAUCUAUUAUAUAAAACAAGCAAUUUCACAGAGUUCAACCUAAAAUCUACAAAGGUAAUCUACAGCACUUGGAAUUUUCUCCUAUCUUUAUGUAUCAAAAGUGAAAGAAUUCAGGCGUGGAAGAGGUCUCCCAAGUCUAUCGUAGGUCUACAUUUCAAUCCACCAGUUGCCGUCCGCCAUAUUCUUGCCCCACCCCACCCCCAACCCAGCUCUGCAGGACGAAGUUGUUAGCUAGUGUACUGUUACUGGUGUGACUGGAUUCAGUAAGAGAAGGACCUUUGACAAGCUAUAAGUUACAUACAGCUUUCUGAAUGGAAUGUUCGUGAAACAGUGGAAAGAAUGUGCUGUUUGAAGACUCCUUACCAGGAACUACUCCCAACACUCCUGGCCCGCCAUCUUGAAUAAAACUCACUCCUCUCUCCUGAUCGCAGGUCAUUUCAAAUGACAUAAACUCCAAGGUUAUCUCAUUUUAUCAUUUAUGAGCCGUUAUUUCUAAAUCGGCACCAUCUCAGCUCCUGUCUCUGUUAUCUCCCACACCCUGACUGGAUUGAAAGCUUAACUCCAGCCUCGUUCCUAGCAACCCACGCAAACGUACUAAACUGAUAAAGCCUGAGGCGCACAGCGCACGCUCUUGUGGAUGCCUGACCUCAGCCUCUCCUGCUUCGUUCAUUUGUGCCAGCUCUCUCCUUAGUCUCAGCGUGGCGACAACACCUUCUGUGCAAAUGUCCUUUGUACAACUGAAGACUGUUAAAAAAAAAAAAUUCAGGUCUCACCUCCGUUUCUGAGAAGGCCGUAGCUAUUCAUGGAGAUGGGAAUUUGCCUAAUUACCUAGCUAGACUUUCCAUAUCUGAGGUAAUAGAGUCAACCACCUUAUGUUUUAUUCAGUGCCUGGUUUCCAAUCUUUGCUCGGUUUUAUAGUUCCCAUAGAUAGACACCCUCCAAGAUUUACACAUGUUUUUUUAGUAGCAGGUCCUAAAGCAGCAUUAAUAAUCAAGGUUCUGAUAACUACAUUAGCUCACGGUUGCCCUGGGCAAUUCACCCCUCCCCUUGGAUAUGCUGAGUACAUCCAGUAGGAGCUGCCCCUCUCUCCUGUUACCUGCCCAAGGACUUCCUCUGGUGUGGGUCCAUGAGCUAAAGUUCUACUGCCUCUGCUCCUUGAGGGAAACGGUCUUUGAACUCAACAGAAGCAGCCAGUCGAUCGGUAGGGGUCUGAGGAAAACACUGAGUAUUCUCUCACAAACCCAUGUAUACAAACAGGAAAAUAUGGCACCCUUUUGUGACACACACUCAUUUUAUCACCAUACUUUUUAUAUUCUAUUUUAGGCUUUCCUGCAAAUUAUAAUGAGUAUAUGUUUUUUUUUCUUUUUUGUGAGAAACCUGAAAAACAUCGCCAUGUUUAAAGAAAGUAAACAUCAUCUGAACUCUAGCGCAAAUGUUUUGUUUAAAAUCACAUUUCUGGGCUCUAAAUCAGUUGGGGCUAAGCUCAAAGACUCUUUUGGGAAAGACACAUGACGUAACCUUCAGGCCAAAGUAUCACUUUAAAGUCUGACCACUGAUAUUCGGCGUCUAGACACAGACUCACUGCAAACUUGCGCUGUGUCCCAUUCAUUAAUGGGGUACAAAGCAAGCUGAAGAAGCAGAAGGGCCCUAAUGGUGGUGUGGUGGAGGGGGGGGGGGUGCACUCUCAAGCUGGUGUGUUCCUUCCUACUCCUGUGAACCGUUAGGAUGCUCAGAUUUAGGCAAGACUGCCACCUAGUGGAAGCUGAGCUUCAGAAAGACCAAAGCAAAUAAGCAAGGCACCUUAUUUAUUCCAGAAAACCUGCCAGUGGGCCUGAUUAACAAGGAGCCCGCGACGACUUCCAGACUGUGAAAGUCUCAGGGUUGAGAAAAUUAAGAAUUACCGUGCAGCUUAAAUCCCUUCCCCACACAUCCGUGCCUAAGCAAUAUCUGUGUUCUCCUUUUGUUCUAAAAUAUUGCCACAGAAUAUGCUUACCUUUCCCGUAACUAAAGGUAAAAUAAGGAAAAGCAGUCAUACUAUGUUGACCUCACAGUAAAUUCUCACAGGUAACUACAUCAACCACAAUAGAUCCAAUGACAUAAAAUAACUGAGAACACUACAUUUCAAAUCUGAGAAAAGUCUGGAUAAUUAAGUUAUGUAGAAAUAACUAGUAAACCUCUCCUGGGUGCAAUUUUAGGUCUAUAGUUUAAUCAAAAUAAAUUCUAGAUGAAAUAAGAAUUCCUAUUUUAAAACAAAGAAGACAAAAUGAUAAAUACUUGCCAUCCGGAUUGGUGAAGAUGUUGUUUCAGUGUGGUAAUCAAAGCCUUUCUAAGCAUAAUACCAAAGUGAGAAAGAAAAGAGGGGUGGACUGAUACCAGUUUUUAAAAGAAUGUAAAACUCCUAUACAGUAAACAAGCCAAAUUUAAAGAAAAUAAUAUUUACAAUGCAUGCAAGAAAGAGAUUAGACCUCUACUAUGUGAAGGAACCCAGCACUUCGGGAAGUCGCUAUGGUUUACAAGACCUGUACUUUCCCCAUGACUGCUUGUGUGAUUGUCUGUAUGUCCCACUAAAUUGAAAAUACAAAAGGCAUCAAUCACAUACACUUUGCUUAACAUUGUUUCCUCAGCUCCUAGCAUGGUGCUGUAUACAAGCCAAAUACUGAAAACAUACUCAUUGAAUGAGUAGAUCGUGAGCGAGUGGCAAAAAUGUUUUGAAAUUCAGAGGGAAAAAACAAAUCAAACUUUCCAGUUUGAGGUCAGGAUUCAAGAUAGCAAUGCACCGUACACUCAAAUAAUCCCCUGAUAACAUUGAACACAUUUGAAUAAACUAGUGGCAAAAAUUUCAGGUACAAACAACUCAGAAAGACAUAUGCAUUGAUAAACUUCCGGGAACCUUGAGGAAGUUUGAAAUAUAAACAUUCUCUUAUUGUCGACAGGAGUAUAGACUGAUCUGACCUUUCUGAGAAAUAUCUUGGCACUGUGGGUUUUUUUUUCAUACAUGCCUAGUAAUCUCACAUUGAGGAAAUUCUCUUCUUAAAAGCUCAGCAAAAGGCCAGCAAGAUGGCUCAGCAUGAAAAGGCCCUUACUGCCAAGCAAAUUAGAACCCCUGGAUUCACACGGUGGGAGGGAACUCUUUCCUCUGAUCUCCACAUGCACUCUGUGACAUGUGUGUAUGUGUGUGUAUGUGUGUGUGUGUGUGUGUGUACACAUACACGCACACAUACAUAUAAACACAGUACACAAGUUUAUUAUAUCAUUUAAUGUUAAAAACAUGAGCUAAGAUGCAUUUAUUCGUUGUUUUAAAAGUCAUACAAGAAAGGGCAUUUUGUAAAUAUGUCUACAUUAUAUGGUUAAAUACAGCACAUCCUUUCAAUGGAUGCUGUGCACCAACUGAGAAUGCACACCAUGCAUAUAUAUAAAUGUGCGAUUCAUGUUGUUAAAGAGGAGGCUGUUGGAGAAUUUCUAGAGAAUCACCAUCUCACAAACAUACCUACAUACGUGUGCAUUAAAGAGUCUGAAAGGGUGUUCACCUAUGCGACAACAGCAUUUCUCUCUGGGAGGUGAGAUUUGGAGCAAUCGUGUUUUCUUUUUGCAUAUCUGUGGUUCCUGACUUUUUCACAGUGAGCAUGAAGUAUCUGUAUAAUUUUUUCAGGGAAUAAACAAUGACGUUGACAACAUAAAUGAAAAAAAUCACGUUAUGAAACAGUAUGUAUAGUAUGAUACGAUAUUUGUAAAAAAAAAGAAAAUCACAUAUAAAUAUAUCUAUGUAUGUAUAUAUAUAAUAUAUAUAUGCCUAAGAAAGCUAGAAGGCCAUACACUACAAUGUUAGUAGCAGUUAUCCAUGAGUAGUGAGAUUAGGGGGUGAUUAUUUUUUCUUUUUGCUUUUCUGUGUUUUCUAAUUUUUCUACAAUGAACAUGUAUUACUUGUGUAUAAAAACAUAAUAAAAGUUUUAAAAAUACACAAA